AGUUCGCCAAUCAGCCAGUCGCUCUUCGUGUUCCGCGCGCAUUCUGCCAUUUAAUUGCAGUGAAAGGACGCCAAAUUAACUUGAAUUUCUCGAUAAUUCAUGGGUAUUUGAAGAUUUGAUAACAGAAAGCAUCUCGUCGGGGAUGCGAGCAAUUUUCUGAGGGUGCGGUCGAGCGUCAAAUCGAGGCCAUGGCAGACCCGCAAGCGAUUCGCAGACACAGCACCGGGGGCUCGUGGCAACCCCGAGGAAGAGGCAGAGGUUAUUACAGAAACGGGACGAACAGACAAAACGGCCAUCAAAGGAUUCUGCCAGCAGACCUUCUUGCAGUUGCUGAGCUCGGAGAGAGUUCGCAGCAAAUCAUCACAGAACUCCUCGAAGCAAACCAAGGGCCUUACAGUGGAUGGAAGUUGUACAACAAACAAGAGAGCUUCAAGGAAGGUUCUCCAACGGUGGUCAAGGUUAGAGCGGUUGAAGGAUUCAUCAGCAGACACCCUGAGCUUGUCAAAACAUCAGAGGUCAAAGAUAGGAGGGCUUUUCCUGUGGACCUGAAGGUGCUGAUGAGUGAUGACGUCUUCAUGGAUUCGUGGCCAGACUUUGCCAAUGAACUAAUCGACUCGCCAGAAAAGACCUUGAACAUACUUGGUCUUGCAAUGCAUCAAGUUGUGUGCGAGGCGCUGAAACUUGAACUAUCCAAGUAUGUGGAUGAGGACGAUGAUUCGACGCCUCCUAAAGUGGAGCUCCCUGUUGUCCGAGCGCGCAUCAUCGGCCACGAGCCUGUCAUCCAACUGAAGCAACUCAAAGCCAACUAUUUUGGCAAACUGGUCACCAUCAGGGGUACCAUUAUCAGGGUGGGAGGUCUCAAGUUGCAGUGCACCUGGUUGGCGUACUCGUGCAACCAGUGCGGUCUUGUCCAGGCUGUGCGACAGCCAGAGGGAGCUUUCACGCAGCCCAGCAGUUGCGUCCAGAAGGGCUGCAGGUCUAAGACGUUCACACCCUUGCACUCCCACAAACUGACGCAGACUUCCAACUGGCAAACGGUGAAGCUGCAGGAAAAUCUAGAUGAUGACCAGAGAGAAGGUGGCAGAGUCCCACGAACUUUGGAGGUUGAACUGACAGAGGAUUUGGUUGAAACUUGUGUCCCUGGUGAUGAAGUGACUGUCACUGGCGUUGUCAAAGUUUUAAAUAGUGAAGAAGUUAAACAGAAAGGUCCAAACAUGUUCCUCUUGUACCUUGAUGCAGUUUCUCUCACCAGCAACAAAAACAAUGGAGGCCUAACUUCCAGUGGUGACAUCAAAUUCAACACUCGAGAUAAUGACGCUAUUAAGGCAAUUCACUCUGAGCCCGACUUGUUCCGUCUGAUGGUGAACUCACUGUGCCCAUCCAUUUACGGACAUGAAAUGGUCAAAGCUGGGCUGCUCCUGGCACUGAUUGGAGGAACGCCUAGAGAACCUUCAUCCGGUCGAUCCGACGUCCACGUUUUGGUAGUUGGAGAUCCUGGCCUUGGAAAGUCUCAAAUGCUACAUGCAGUUACCUCUAUUGCUCCAAGAGGGGUUUAUGUUUGUGGAAACACAAGUACCACUUCUGGCCUCACUGUAACUCUAACCAGAGAAAGCGGAGGCGACUUUGCCCUGGAGGCAGGAGCCCUUGUUUUGGCCGACCAGGGUUGCUGUUGCAUUGACGAGUUUGACAAAAUGUCAAAUCAACACCAGGCUCUUUUGGAAACCAUGGAGCAGCAAAGUGUGAGUGUGGCUAAAGCAGGAGUUGUCUGCUCUUUGCCAGCUAGGGCCUCUGUCUUGGCUGCUGCCAAUCCAAUAGGGGGCCAUUACAACCGGGCCAAAACAGUGGCUGAAAAUCUGAAAAUGGGCCCUGCGCUUUUGUCCCGAUUUGACUUGGUCUUCAUCCUACUUGACCAGCCUAAUGAACACCUUGAUUCUCUGCUGUCUGAGCACAUCAUGGCCUUGCAUUCGGGAAAGAAAAUUAAAAUGGGCACUUUUGAUCGCUCUCGGGCGGACAGUCAAUUGAGCUCAUUUUCAGCAAAUGUUCCCUUGAGUGAGAAACUGAAACAGCCCCGUAAUGAGCCGCUUGAUCCAAUCCCACCGCAGCUUUUGCGCAAGUACAUUGCCUACGCAAAGAAAAAUGUGCACCCAAAAUUGAGCAACGAAGCGGCAGAAGUAAUUCAGAAAUUUUACCUCAAGCUUCGUUCUCAAAGAGGUCACCAGGACUGCACUCCAGUCACCACUAGGCAACUUGAAUCCCUCAUUCGCCUCACUGAAGCUCGAGCUAAAUUGGAGCUGAGAAAAGAGGCUACAGAAGAAGAUGCUCAAGACGUAGUGGAGUUAAUGAAACACUCUUUGUUGGACACUUUCUGUGACGAGCUGGGAUCUUUGGAUUUUCAAAGGUCUCAAAAUGGGUCAGGAACAAGCAGUCGAUCUCAGGCCAAGAAGUUCAUUGGCAUUCUUCAGCGUAAGGCAGAGCUGCAGACAAAGUCUUUGUUCACUGUGUCUGAGAUGAAGGAGGUUGCUGCCCAGGCGCGAAUUGUAGUUCCAGACUUCAGCAACUUUGUGGCCACUCUCAACUUGCAGGGCUUUCUGCUGAAAAAGGGAGCAAACAUUUACCAACUGCAGUCUGUGGAUUAUUGAAUUUACUUUCCGUUUCUAGAUUUUAAUUUGAGAAAUGUGCCAAAAUUGCAUUUAUUUUUACUUUGAAAUUAAUAAAUAAAUAUACAGAUGGAUGGAAAGGAAACAAAAAAAAUUACAAUUAAUUUUGUUUAAA